AUGUUUGAAUUUAGCACAAACCCUACUAUCGAGGUACUUCGAAAAGAUUGUGAGAUAUUCAGAUAUGAGAAAAUGAAGUGGGGUUCAUGGCAAACUGCAAGAAAUUUGUUUCUUGCCCUUGUUGGUGAACUAGGAGAACUUUCUACUGAUGUUGCUGCUAACGAAGGAUUUGCUAACCCUAAAGAUUGCAGUGACAAUGAAGAGGAUGAAGAGGAUGAAGAAGUUAAUGUUGAGAAUACCGCAGACAGCAAGGAAAAAGACCCUACAGUAGAAACUGUUUUGUGUGAGCUUUCUGAUGUGUUCAGUUACCUGAUAUGUUUAGCACAGGAAUGUCAAGUUGAUCUUGCAAUCCCUGAUUCAUGCAGAAAUAGUAAACCGUCUUCUAGUUUUUCUGAUGUUGCUUGGAAUGAGAUUGAAGUAACAGCCUUUUAUCAGACUGUUAGGAUUUCUGAGAAGACUAGCAUAAUGAAAGAUUUCCUGAGCCUGUGCUUUUCUACUUCCAAACUGAAUGAUGUUUUUCAAUGGAUAACUGUUGAAAAGAAUCUUAAGAAUUUUUCUGUGGAUAAGCAGCAAACUGUUGACAAGAUUUUGAAACAAGUUUUCUGUCAUGUAGUUGUCAUUGCUUCGAAGUAUGAGUAUGAUUUACCGAAAUUAUUGGAAGAUAAGAAUGCUAUGAUCGCAGAAAAAUAUUCUAAGCACAUUGGAAGAUUAACAAAGGAUGAUGUUAUCGAAAGUCGAUAUUCAGAUCUCCCUAAUUUUUACCUUGAUGCAGAUACCCCUGGCCAUGAUUAUCUUCUAGAUAAGCCAGUGAACGACUUGAAAGUAUCAGCUGAUAAUCUAGUAUGUAAGCUUAUGGAGUCAAUCGGACUGAUCGCUGAAAUAUUCCAGUGGGACACAGAUGAUGCAUUCAACAAGAAAAUGCAUAAAAAUAGAGCAAAAUAUCCAGUUGGUAGUAGCAGUGGCAUUUUCAUCAAAUAUAACGAAAUGAAAGGCAAAGUGCCUAACCUCCCCUCUAGUGAUGCUUUAGAAAGAGUAGAGAUGUCAGCACAGCUUGAGCAAAUUAUCGCCCAACUGUUGGUCCCCGACAGCAAUGCUAUCCAAGCAGCAACGGUUAAACUCAAGGAGUUUUCUAAGGACCCUGCCAUUGUACCUGCUCUGUGUCAAAUUCUCAGCACAUCGGAGAACAACACGAUAAGACAGUAUGCAGCCACCAUACUGCGACAAAAGAUUGAAAGAAUUUGGUCAAAACUUGAUAACGAUCUGAAGAAUGGAAUCAAGACCAUCUGCCUGCAGGUUCUACAAAGUCAAGUAACAAAAGAAGUGAGAAACUCAGUGACUGCUGUAAUCUGUGUUAUUACCAAACACGAGUUCAGUUCGUGGCCCGAGCUGCUCAACUUCAUCACUGCGGCUUGUUACAGUGACAACCUCCCUGCUAAGGAGCUGGGACUGUACAUGUUGGGAGUAGUAUCAGAGUCUGUGGGGGUGGAGAUGGAACCUCACUUUAACUCCAUGUUCGAGCUAUACGCCAACUGUCUCUCUCACCACAACCAGCCAGAGGUGCUGCAUCUAACAUGUGUUGCCAUGAGUCAACUCGUUCCUUACCUUGGCUCCAACCAUGCUCAGAAGUUUGGUGUUCUUCUGCCUAAUGCUAUCAAUGCUAUACAGAUAUUGCUUGGCGUGGACGAAGAUAAGGCGUGCACCUCAUUCGAACUAUUCGACUCUCUGUUGGAGUGUGAGGUUGCGAUUAUUGUACCUCAUUUAACCUCACUUCUGACACUUUGUUUGGAAGUAACUAAGAACACUGCAUUUGAUGAUGGAACCAGGGUCAAGUUCAUGACAUUCUUGAGUUGGUUGGUGUCGACGAAGAAGAAGGCUCUGCAAAAACUACAACUGGUAACCACGAUCCUUGAUGUAAUCCUACCUCUGAUGGCUUGUCCAGAUAUAGAUGAAGAUGAAGAUACGUCUCAGAAUCCUGGAUCUUUUGCUGGAAGCGUCCUGGACACUCUAGCUCUCCAUCUGCCUAGCGAUAAGCUGGUACCGAUCCUGUACAAGAACUACAUCCUACCACUCAUGUCAUCCGGACAACCUCUCGAGAGGAAAGCUGGAUUAACAGCCUUGGCUGUGGUAGCGGAAGGGACAUGCGAGUACAUGCUGGAGCACAUGAUGCAAGAUUGUCUCAAGUUGGCCGGAAAUGGGUUAUCUGACGAGGCUCCAGAAGUAAGGAAUGCUGCCCUCUACGCUCUGGGUCAAUUCGCUGAGCACUUCCAACCCGAUAUCGUCAAGUACAGCAAUGAGAUCCUGCCGAUUCUAUGUCAGAAGAUCGCGGAGGAGAUGAGUACCCAAAGUGCGGCCCUCACCCGAACCUACUACGCUCUGGAGUCCUUCUGUGAGAACAUGGGAGAGAACAUUGUGCCUUAUUUGCCGGAUCUUGUGGAGAAACUCGUGGUUAUGAUAGCUCACAGUCCUACUGUUCACGGUAAGGAGCUAGCAAUAAGUGCGUUGGGAGCAGUGAGUAACGCAGCAGAAGAAGCUAUUGUCCCCUUCCUAGGACAGGUUAUGGAGCAUCUCAAAGUUUACCUGACAGCCCCUGAUACUGAGGACGGCAUCAGGCUCAAGACCCAGGCUAUUGACACUCUCAGUGUGUUUGCUAGAAAGAUAGGAAAGGAAACGUUCAGCCCUAUGGCAGCAGAGUGCGUGCAGCUUGGUAUUGCUAAUCUGUCCUCCGCUGACGAUCCAGACCUUAGACGAUGUAUUUACAGUUUGUUUGCGGCAAUAUCAUCUACAUGUCCUGAAGCUCUUUACCCAUGUCUUGACCCAAUCGUAAAGAAAAUGUUCGAGACCUUAGAGAGCACUGAGAUAAAAUCUGCUUUAUAA